AUUCAUGGUCUUAAUCAUCAUUAAUAUUCCAUUUCAAUAAACUACAGAAAAAAUGAACUCGUUGGAAAGAUAUGGUUGAUUUGUUUGAGUUGGACAGUAAUAUUCAAGAAGUUAUAAUGUUACCUAGACUGACCUGAUAAUAUGUUAUUCCAACAGAAAUAAACAAAAUAAAAGUAAAAUUAGCUGGCCAAGUAUUAAGCCAGAGAGUCGCAGCUAUUUUGUACUUUUUAGCUUCUAAGAACAUAGUAAAUCAACAAACUCAUGAUACAGCUAUGUUAUGUUUGUUCUUUGACUAACUUUUUGAUUCAGUAAAUGGCAACUUUCACAAAGACGGAAGAAAUAUACUCUGAGUUAUUCACUGUCAUAUGCGAUAUUCUACUACCGAAUUAUGACAGAAUCCGUUUUGUAACUGAUUAUGAGCGUGCUCUUAUGAAUGCUGUCCAGCAAAAAUUUCCAAAUAGUGAUUUGCUCUGCUGUUGGUUGCAUUUUACGCAAUCAGUUGUUAGAUAUUGUCACCUAAAAGUUAAUGGUGUCUUGAAUUUGGUGAAGAGGCAUAAAGCGACAGCUCGUAUUUUCAGAAUAGGAGGUUUUAGCAUUGCCUCAUCUACCUGCUGAAAGGGGUAAAUGGGUAAUCCCGGGUGCCCUAAAUUUUGUAUGGAAGAUGGUUUUCAUACAAUUGUCGCGUACACCUUACAAUUUCCUGACAUCAGUGAGGUUAUGAGUUGUUUUCUGAGGGACUAUGUAUUUGAUUAUUGGUAUGUGCAAAUUGGUCCACGGCGCUUAAGCGUUUUUGGUCAAGAUCACCGGACCAACAAUUACUUAGAAUCUUUCCAUUCAACGUUGCUCACACAAAUUGGACGCCACCCUAAUAUUUGGAAUUUUCUUCGUACAUGUUUAACAUAAUCAACAGUGUAAGAACAAUUCUUAAGAAUAAAAUUAAAAGACUGAUUGUUGUUGAAAAUCAGUUCUUUGUAGAAUUUCAACAGCGCACAAACAACCUCACGAUUAGAGACAGUACUUCCAGAUCUCUAAGAGAAUAUGCUACGUGGAUAAUUAGAGAGUCGGUACAACAACUCAACAGAGACAGUCUUGUGAUAGUAUUUAAGAAAAAAAGAGUCUGUUCUGAUCACUUUGAGUCUACCUGUUACAGUCCUAGUACUAAAGCAUUGAACCGCAAUGCUGUUCCUUCAUUGAACAUAAGUAUUGCUAAAAACUCAAACACUACAACUCCUGAAAUUAUGAUCAAUGACCGUAUUAAAUCAAAUGUUGAUGAUAACACAUCUAGAUCAUCAACUUCAACUCAGAAAAGAUCACCAUGCCUUCACAUUGAUGAAAAUGAAAAAUUCUUUGGGUUAACUGGCUUCAAAUUAUUGAACACAUUUGAAGAAAAUAUUUUUCAUGUUUGUUAUCCAAAAUUGUGUGUUCAAAAUCCAAAAUGUUGACAUCUAAGUGUUAGUCACUAUACACAACUAGUUUGUUGCUAUGAAAACAGCUAAGACG